AUGGUGUCGCUCUUUAAAGUACCAGGUCCAGUAAAGGAUCUGUUUGACCAGUUCCCUCUCGUUCAAUAUCCAGCUGUCAAACAAUUGACUCCAGAAACCAAAAGUGAAAUCCUAAAGAGAAAUUAUAGCUAUUCAGCAUCUUCAUCAGAAAACCCAAGUCAAAGUACAACUUCAUUUAAGCUAGGGACUUACAAUGUUUUCCAAACAGAGGACAACACGUUUCUAGCAACUGACCCAUUAUGUCUAAGUAUUGAGUUGUACCUUGCCAUCAAGAAUGGCAUUAAGUUACCAAAAUUGAAUAAUGACCAUACAGACCAAAGCAGAAACUCAUUAUUCUUGUUAUCACAUCAUUCCAGCUCUAACGGAUAUCUACCUAUUUACAUCGAAGAAGAUUCCAAAAGGAAAUCCAAAAGACUAAUAAAAGACAGUCAAAGUAUAAAUGAAACUUUACUCACCUCUGUCAAAUCAAGCUCAGAGCUAAUGUUGAUUACACUGGUAGAUAAUGUUAUCUACGACUAUUGGAUAACGAGUGUGCUUUUCAAUUUCAGCACAGAUGUCCAAACUCAAAUCUUUCAAUUUCACGAUGAACCAGCACAACAAAGAGUUAACCUUUGGGGGCUAGGCAAUUUGUUAUCUCAACUAGUCUACAGAAAUGGGUUUGAUGUUAGAAACCCUGCAAUAGCCAGACAAUUUCAAGCAGACGCAUAUUCAUUGAUCACAAAACAAUUCCGUAAAUACAGUCGAGCUGUUGAAUUUGAGAAACAGAGAAACUAUAAGGAGUUUCUACAUGCUAUAGAGAACUUGCAAAGUAUAUUGGCUAAAAGAAACACCAGAUUUUUCAAUGGUGAUGUACAACCUGGUUUGCUUGACGUUAAGAUCUCAAGUUAUGUCACUUUAAUUAUAAAAUUUGGUGAGAAUCAUGAUAUUUCUAAAGUUUUGCAUAAUAAUAGUCUAUUGGUUGAGCAUGCCCAAGCAGUGAUCAAGUAUUGUUCCUGA